UAAGAAUAACUUCUGCUCAUUAUUAGUGACAAAAACGAAAAAAAAAUUAAACGAAAUCUAAUUAGUCCCAAAUUCUAAUCAUGUUCUCCUAAAUUUCACCAAUUUACUACCUAAAUAUUUACCAAGAAAAAAGUUUGAAAGGUUAAUUAAAGAACGAUAUUGCUUCCAAGUGCAUGGUGCCUAUAAUCUCUGUCUGUAGGGCACAGAUGUACCAGAUGUACAUAACCAAUCUACGCCGUACAGCAGAGAAAAUAGGUUAUGAUAACCUACGUGUCUGCAAAUUGACAUCCCACAUUUUAACAUUGUUCUCAGUGAAAAAACGACGUAAUAUUACUAAAAAUAAUGGCUGAUCGAUUAACACAAUUACAAGAUACGAUAAAUCAGCAAGCUGAGCAUUUUUGCAACAGUGUUGGUAUCCUCCAGCAAUAUUCAACUCCAAGUAAAUUCCCUGGUUUCGAUCGUGUCGGAACACCUCAACCACAUCAAACUCAAGAGGACUACGCGUCUUUAUUCGCUACCUUGAUCGCACGAUGUGCAAAAGAUAUCGAUACUCUCAUAGAAAGUUUACCGAGUGAAGAAUCAUCCCAAGAGCUCCAAGUCGCUAGUCUCAGUCGGUUGGAACAGGAAAACAUUGAGGCUGGUGAGCAACUAGAAGAAGUAGUCCGUCAGGGUGAAUCAUUAUUACAGAGAAUUCAAGCUGCUCUCCAGGAUAUUGCGCAGAGUCAACUUGAUAUGCAAAACCCAAUAACUCCUGGGGCUGUAGUAUUAAACACAAAUUUGACAGCAAACAUCACUACCAACGUUACUCCUGUGCAAUCAUUCAUAAAACAAGAAAAUUUUGCUAAUAUUGGCCUGUCAUCGACCAACCAUACGCAUUCAGCUUCAUCACCAAAUUCAAUCAAUCAAUGAAUCUUGAUUAGUUGUAAAAAUCCAUCAAGUUUUUGUUCUAUGCUUGUGUAAAUAAAGAUUUCAUUUUUCACCCCAGAA